AUUUGGGUUAACGGAUUUAUUAUGUAAGGGAAGUAGGACUUUUCUACCUAGAAGAAUUCCCCAACCAGAAAUUAAAAUCCAAAUUGACUUGCACAACACUACAUUUUCUCUCCCCCCAAAAGCAUCAGACAAUAUAAUAUAUAAACCCCAUUUUGGGCUGUCAAUACACCAUAGUGGUUUGUUUAAUUCACAAUCUCAAAAAGCUUUAGAAUUUGUUCUCAGCCAAGAAAGGAAUGGCGGAUCAAGUGGUGGUUCUCGGAACAUAUGUUAGUAUGUUUGCGAUGAGGGUUAGAGUCGCGUUAGCUGAAAAGGGCGUGGAGUACGAGCACAGGGAGGAGAAUCUGGCAAGCAAAAGCCCGGUUCUGCUUGAGAUGAACCCGGUUCACAAGAAAAUCCCGGUCCUCAUUCACAACGGGAAACCCGUUUGCGAGUCGCUCAACAUAGUUCAGUACAUAGACGAGGUUUGGAAGGACAGGUCGCCGUUGUUUGCUAAUGAUCCUUACAAGAGAGCUCAAGCUAGAUUCUGGGCUGAUUUUGUCGACAAGAAGGUACCUGAAUCCAGUAGAAAGAUAUGGACGACAAAAGGAGAAGAACAAGAAGUGGGCAAAAAAGAGUUUAUAGAGGUCCUCAAGCUAUUAGAAACUGAGCUGGGGGACAAGCCUUACUUUGGUGGGGAUAUCUUCGGUUUUGUCGAUGUGGCCUUAAUUCCUUUCUACUGUUGGUUUCAUGCCUAUGAAACUGUCGGCAACUUCAGCAUCGAGGAGCAUUGCCCCAAAUUGAUCGAAUGGGCUAAGAGAUGCAUGGAGAAAGAGAGCGUGUCUAAGUCCUUGGCAGAUCCUAACAAGAUUUACGAGUUUGUUUUGACUGCAAGGAAGAGAAAUGGCAUCGAAUUUCUGCCUUUUUAUCACAAUCUCAAACCUCCUCAAUUUGUUCACUGCCAAAAUAAGAAAAUGGCGGAUCAAGUUAUCCUUCUUGAUUUCAAUGUUAGUAUGUUCGGGAUGAGGGUUAGAGUCGCGUUAGCUGAAAAGGGCGUGGAGUACGAGUACAGGGAGGAGAAUCUGAUGGACAAAAGCCCGGUUCUGCUCGAGAUGAACCCGGUUCACAAGAAAAUCCCGGUCCUCAUUCACAACGGGAAACCCGUUUGUGAGUCGCUCAUCAUUGUUCAGUACAUAGACGAGGUUUGGAAGGACCGGUCCCCGUUGUUGCCCAAUGAUCCUUACAAGAGAGCUCAAGCUAGAUUCUGGGCUGAUUUUGUUGACAAAAAGAUGUACGAAGGUGGGAAAAAGAUAUGGUUGACAAAAGGAGAAGAACAAGAAGAGGCUAAAAAAGAGUACAUAGAAAUCCUCAAGCAAUUGGAAUCUGAACUGGGGGACAAGCCUUACUUUGGUGGGGACAGCUUUGGUUUUGUGGACGUGGCUUUAGUUCCUUUCUAUUGUUGGUUUUACACCUAUGAAACUAUCGGCAACUUCAGCAUCGAAGAGCAUUGCCCCAAAUUGAUCGAAUGGGGUAAGAGGUGCAUGGAGAAAGAGAGCGUGUCCAAGUCCUUGGCCGAUCCUAAGGAUAAUUACGAGUUUGUUUUGAAUAUGAGAAAGAAAAUGGGCAUCGAGUAGGGUUUCAAGUGUUAUAUGAUUUGUGUGAACUAUUUAUUUAAGACCAUAAAGGCAUCCUAGCCUGAAUGUAGUAUAUGGUGUAACUGUGGUUUACUGUCCUGGUAAACUACUAAAGAAUGUGACGUUUACAGUUUACUGCUUUGUGUUUAUGUUUAAUGUAAUACGCGUGGAAUUUCUAAUUAUACUUUGUGCUAUAUUAUUGUUAUUUUAAUUCCUUUUGUUUUGGUAAGUCUAUGAAAUUCG